AUGUCUGCAGUCGAGAGCAAGUUCGACCCCAAGGACAUGGAGUUCCGCCACCUUGGCCCUACAGGUCUCAAGGUGUCAGUCCUGUCUCUUGGAGGAUGGCUCACAUACGGUGGCACCCAGAAGGGUAACGUGGUCAAGGACUGCAUGGAAGCCGCUUGGAAUGCUGGAAUCAACUUCUUCGAUACCGCCGAGAUCUACUCAAAUGGACAGUGUGAAAUCGAAAUGGGACAGGCACUCAAAGAGCUUGCAUGGCCGCGAGAUGAGUACGUGCUCAGCACCAAAGUCUUCUUCGGCACUGGACGCAAAGAGCCAAACACCCGCGGCCUCUCAAGGAAGCACGUCGUUGAGGGUCUCAAGAGCUCGCUCGCACGUCUUCAACAGCCAUACGUCGACAUUGUCCUCGCGCAUCGACCUGACGUGGGCACACCAAUGAAGGAGAUCGUAGAAGCAUUCACCCAAGUCAUUCGCAACCUCAACCUCGCAUACUACUGGGGCACAUCAGAGUGGUCCGCAACUCAGAUCAUGGAGGCAACUCUGAUUGCCGAGAAGCACAACCUCAUUGCACCAAUCGCCGAGCAACCACAAUACAACGCCUUCCACCGCCAGCGAUUCGAGGUCGAAUACGCCCCACUGUUUGAGCAAUUCCAGUACGGCACCACCAUAUGGUCACCACUUGCGUCUGGUCUCCUGACCGGAAAGUACAACGAUGGCAUCCCAGAGGACUCUCGCUUUGCCACCAACAAGGCAUUCUUCGAGGGCACCAUCAAGUCGCUGCAGAGUGAAGAGGGCAAGGCCAAAAUCGCCAAAGUCCGCAAGCUCACCGAGAUCGCUGAGAAGCUUGGAGGCAACGUAGCCCAGCUUGCACUUGCCUGGUGUGCCAAGAACCCGAACGUUUCCACUGUCAUUCUGGGCGCCACAAAGGUUGCACAGAUCGAAGACAACGUCAAGGCUCUCAAGCUUCUACCGAAGCUGACGCCAGAGGUGAUGGAAGAGAUUGAGAAGAUACUGGACAACAAGCCAGCUGAGCCAAACAGUUUCGGUCGUAAGAGGUGAGCGUGUCCACGGACAAUCAUAUCAUGAAUUGGCAUGAAGCUUGAUGUGCACGAGGCACGUGCUCAUAGCUACCGUUUAGAACGCCAAAGAAGCGCACAGGCAAGCUAUAAAUGGCUCUAUAAUCGAUGAACCACGAUG